AUGAGUUUCACAUGGUUUAAUGUUAACAGUUCACUGGAUAACCAGAAGAUAAAAUAUAGUAAAGAUAAUGGUUCAACUUACACUGAAAUCACUCUACCAGCUGGUGUAUGGACUUAUAAGAGUUUUAGUGAAUACAUUAAAUCUCAAACAAAAAUAGGUGAUAAAACGUAUCCAAUAACAUUGAUAUCUGAUGAUAGAAUCUUUAGAGUUGAAAUAACACUAGCCAAUAAUUAUAAGCUCGAUCUUCGAGGCAGUAAUUUUAAUGAAGUUAUUCGUUUUGAAAAGGUUGUUCUAAGUUCUGGAACUCAUAUUGGUCCAAAGAUGCCCAAUUUAUCACAAGACACUGAUAUUAUAAACAGUCAUUGUGAUCUCAUUGAUCACAGUACGGUUGAUGGACAAGAAAAAGACAUCAUCAUCUGCAGCUUCAACUUACAUUGUCAAGAAACACUUGGUAUGGAAAGUGGUACAAUCACAGAGGAGCAGAUAAGUGUCUCAUCCCGUGAACAGAAUGUCGGAAAAAGUGUAAGAUUACAUCAUACUGGAAAGACCUGGGUAGCUGAUAGGAAUCGUUUAAAUCAGUGGCUUCAGCUCGAUCUCAGAGCUCAACACACUAAAGUAACACGAGUAGCAACACAAGGAUCCAGUCAAAAGAAUCACCGGGUGAAGAAGUACAAGCUACAAUACAGCAACUAUGGAGUGAGAUUUCAGUACUACAGGGAACAAGGGCAAACAAUUGCAAAGGAAUUUAAUGGGAACACAGACGAGAGCAGUGUUGUUUAUCACGACCUACAUCCACCAAUCACAGCAAGGUACAUACGUUUCCUACCAGUGGAGUUAAAAAAAAAUACGAUAUCUAUGAGAGUGGAACUGUAUGGAUGUCGGAAAGAAUGUGGAAGAUUUCUCGGCAUGCAAAGCGGUGAAAUCUCGGAAGAACAGUUAGGUACCUCCUCAGAGAGAGACUCUAAUCACUCCGCCAAUCAGGGCCGACUUCAUUAUGUACAUUCUGACAAAACGGGAUCUUGGGCAGCUGCAAGCAAUGAUGCGAAUCCAUGGCUCCAAGUUGAUCUGGUUAUUCUGCACACUAAAGUGACACAUGUGGCAACACAAGGAAGUGAUGGACACCAGAGGGAGUGGGUUACGAAGUACAAUCUGCUGUACGGCAACGAUACAGAAAGGUUCUACAAUUAUACAAUCCCAAGACAAGACACAGCGAAGGUUUUUUAUGGAAACACAGAUCAGAAUACCGUGGUUUAUCACGACCUUAACCCACCAAUCACAGCGCGUUACAUUCGUUUUAAACCAGUAGAGUGGCAGGAUUGGAUAUCAAUGAGAGUUGAACUGUACGGCUGUGUACAAGAAUUUACAGCUGUGUUUACAAACCUGGGUAAGAAUGGAUCUCAGGGUCCACACGCAGUCGGUAGUCACUACACAGGUCAGGAUCAUGACGGACAAGUUAGGGUGUCCAACGGUACUCAGCUGUGGACUGUUCCACGCACUGGCGAAUACAGAAUAGAAGCAAUAGGAGCCUCAGGAGGGUACGGUAAGGAGAGCGACAUCAAGAACGGAGGAAGAGGGGCAAGGAUGAUUGGAAACUUUAAUUUGACCAAAGGCGAGAUCAUCCAUGUACUUGUUGGUCAAAAAGGGAGAAGAGGGAACAUCAACAGAAAAACCGCCGGAGGCGGUGGAGGUACUUUUGUGGUGAGAGGAAGUAACACACCUUUGAUCAUAGCUGGAGGAGGAGGGGGGAUUAGAAACAUGUCAAAACAACAUCUGGGAUGUGAUGCGUCCAUUAACACAACAGGGAAUGCGGGAUACAACACGCUACUGGGGACAGGAGGAAGCAGUCGACGUGGAGGAAAUACCCCUGAUGAUCAUAAGUCAGGUGGUGGAGGUGGUGGCUUCUUGAGUAAUGGAAAGACCGCACCUGGUAAUAACGGACCAAGUGGAAAAGGAGGUAAAGGAUAUCUCCAGGGGGGAGAAGGUGGAGAGUACCAGGGUGGAUUCGGAGGUGGCGGUGGUUUAUAUAAAAGCAACAAAGGAGCUGGCGGCGGUGGUGGUUACUCUGGAGGAAAUGGAGGUGGGAAAAAGGGUGAAUCUUGUGGGGGAGGGGGAGGAUCUUUUAACAAUGGGACAAAUCAGCAGAAUGAAUGUUGUUAUAAUAGCAAUGAACAUGGUCGAGUGAUCAUCACAUUUAUCCAGUAA